AUGCGUCUAAAUUUUUACAAGAAAACCAUAAACAAAUUAGUAUACUACAGCGAGAAUACAACAUUGCAUGGGCUUAAAUACGCGGCCGACAAGAAACGGCACCCGGUAGUAAGAUUAUUCUGGGCUGGUACGUUCGCGUUGAACAUCUAUGCAAUGAUAACGAUAUUCCAGGCUGCUUACAAUACGUACAACGAAAACGCCAUCAGUUUCGUAACGGAAACGACUUAUUUAAACUGGAACACGUCAUUUCCCGCUAUAACGUUAUGUGAAAUUUCAGCUACCGAAAUACAAUGGGACGAUUAUUCGGAGGAUGCUGCUGCAGUUGAACAAUUUAUUUCCGACAUAAUUUUCUUUACUGGGAGCUGCUAUUCCUGCUCCUCCCUGUGUCCCAGUUGUGAAAAAAUUGAUUUAAAAGCCACCGUGGAGAAGUUGCGCAAAAAGUGUCCGCAAUUAAUGAUGUCCUGUAUGUGGAAUAACGAGGCAUUCGACUGUUGUAAAAAGUUUUUGCCACUGGAAACGGAAUAUGGAGUCUGUUAUUCGCUGAAUUCACUUCAUACGAACAAAACACCGGAGUCCGAAAUGGAUCUCAUGUCUAAUAGAAAAACUGGACCUGGUCAACUUAUGGUAAAAGCUGUAGAGGACAUACGGUUGUAUUUUCAUGCACCUGAAGAUGUACCUUUUAUAAAUUCGGAUCCGGAUCAGCGAAAAGAUGUUAUGCUUGGGGAAGCUUAUAAUAUUUCUAUAAACGUAAUAGAAAUCGAAAACGACGAAAACGUCAAAUAUCUGCCGGUCGAGAAGAGGGCAUGCCGAUUUCCAUGGGAAAAGCCGGACGAGUUAAUUGUCCACAAGUACUACAGUUAUUCCACAUGUGUGGUCCAAUGUCACGCCGAUAAUCACAUAGAUCUGUGUAACUGCACGCACCACUUGAUGCCGGUAUUCAACAAAGGCAAAUACUGCGACAUCGAGGGCUUGCAGUGUUUGACUGACAAUUUCGAGACGGUAAAUAGACUCCACGCCAAAGGAUUUGACAAGUCCGGAUUAGUGUGUGAUUGCCUGCCUUCGUGUGUCGAGCCCGAAUACAAAGUCGUGUCUGAUACAAAAGGUGUUAAAACUUCUCACAGCGAGAUUUACAUCAAAAUGCAGUCGUUGCCAACUUCCCGAUUUAAACGAAUUGUUGUAAGGACCCAGCUAGAUUUGGUCGGUAAGUUACUCCGUUCCACCGUCGAAAAUUCGAUGUGAUUUUAUAAUUUUCAUUAUGUUAUUUUUAUGAAGACGUUCAACAAGUAGAUACGUUUUUAUUAGAUUUUUUUUUUUGAGAUGGGAAUCGAUAUUAAAUAAUUUCGCGAAACAAGUAAUUUAAUGCUCAAUUUCUUAAUAUUUUUCAAUUUUGUUUCAGUCUCGAUAGGAGGAAUUGCCGGCUUAUUUAUCGGAGCGUCGAUAUUAAGCAUAUUCGAAAUAUUCUACAUUUUCUUAAUACGAAAAUGCGAUUAAAAUUGUUCGCAUCACGAUUAAAAUUAUGUAAAAUAAUAAAUUAUA